AUGGAUUUCUUAUUGAUUGCCAUUACACUAGCUAGCUCCUUAGUUUUUAAAUUCUUUCUUUACAACCAAUUUUUCUCAACCAAAAGAAACAAUGGGCAGAGGAUCAAAAGGGUACCUGAAGCAGCAGGAGCAUGGCCUAUCUUUGGCCAUCUCCACCUUCUCACUGGAACUGAAUCUGAUCAGCUACCUCACAAAGUCUUAGCUCGAAUGGCCGAAAAAUAUGGGCCAAUUUUUGGGUUGAAGCUUGGUGUAUACAAAGUUGUUGUGGUUAGUGAUCCCAAAGUAGCAAAAGAAUGCUUCACCACAAAUGAUUUGGCCCUUGCAAAUCGGCCCAAAUCCUUGGCUUCAGAAAUCAUAGGCUACAACCAUGCCAUGUUUGGGGUUGCUCCUUACGGACCUUAUUGGCGAGAGAUAAGGAAAAUAGCCACUAUUGAAUUUCUGUCCAGUCGACGAAUUGAAAUGCUCAAACACAUAAGAGAAUUUGAAGUAAAAUCAGCUAUCAAAGAAACGUAUAACUACUGGCUGAAGAAUAAAAGUAGUAGUAGUUUAAAUGGUGCAGUGAAAAUGGAGAUGAAAGAAUGGUUAGGGAAUGUAAUUAUGAAUACUAUGGUGAAGAUGUUAUUUGGAAAAGAAUGUAGUGAAGGAGAAGGAAUAAAUAAAGCUCAUAAAGCAAUUAGAAGAUUUUUUGAGUUGUUAGGGGCUACUGUUGUAGCUGAUUUUUUACCUUAUUUAAGGUGGUUAGAUAUAGGAGGACAUGAGAAGGCAAUGAAAGAAGUUGCAAAAGAAAUUGACUCUGUUGUUGAAGAAUGGUUAGGAGAGCAUAAAAGGAGGAGGGAUUCUAAAGGGAUUAAAUCUGGUGAGGAAGAAGAUUUCAUGGAUGUAAUGUUGUCCAUUUGUGAAAACAGAGAUUUUCCUGGGUUUGAUGCCGAUACCUCUAUCAAAGCUACUUGUAUG